AAAUAACAUGCUGGUGUUGCUGGUGACCAACCAUGCUGGUCAAAGCUGGUUUUUCUAGCAGGGUGAUAUGAGUGGGAGAUACAGCAUAUAUCAUAUAUGCCAUGCAUAUAUAUACACGAAAAAAGAAAGAAAGAAAAGUACGUAGAAGGUCUACUAAGCAACACCAACCAACAAAUGAAGACGCUAAGUGUUCCACAAGAUGGUCUCCUCUGAAGUAGUGUGGUGGUGCUCACUGGCGCUCAUAGCUGUUGCAGUCGUCGCUUGGUAUGUGAGGGAUUCGCUCAAAAUUAGCGACGUCCGUCAGAAAUUUGUGCUCGUCACGGGGUGUGACAGUGGGUUCGGGAACCUGGUGGCCCGCCAGCUCGACCAGCAGGGCUUUCGGGUGAUAGCCGCGUGUCUGACUGAAACUGGAGCCUCCAACCUGAGAGGUUUGGCCUCACCAGGCCUGAAGACGCUGCUUCUUGAUGUGACCGAGAAGGAAAGCAUCGCUAGCGCGGUGGAGAUGGUGCGCCGAGAGGUUGGGGAGAGAGGUCUGUGGGGAUUGGUGAAUAAUGCUGGACGGUCUGUCCCUGUUGGCCCCACAGACUGGAUGCGACUGGAGGAUUUCAAGCAGGUUCUGGAUGUCAAUCUGAUUGGGCUGAUAGAUGUGACCCUACAGUUCCUGCCCUUGCUGAAGAAGGCUAAGGGCAGGAUUGUGAAUGUAGCCAGUAUACUGGGCAGGCUUUCUAUAACAGGAGGAGGGUACUGUCUGUCCAAAUGGGGUGUGGAGGCAUUUUCAGAUGGACUGAGGAGAGACAUGCAACACUUUGGCCUGAAAGUGAGCAUUAUUGAGCCUGGAUUCUUCAAAACUCAAGUAACAGACCAGAAUCUUAUUGAGGCUGAUCUGAAAAGACGGUGGGACAGCCUCCCAGCAGACGUGAGGAGGUCAUAUGGAGACUCGUACCUGCAGGAAUAUUUAAAGAUCCAGGCAUUCUCCAUGGACAUCCUUUGCAGUGAAGAUAUUUCAAAAGUGACCUCAUGUAUGCAGCAUGCCCUCUCAGCAAAGUACCCACGUACUCGCUACGGAGCAGGCUGGGAUGCAAAGCUCUUCUGGAUACCUCUGUCUUAUCUGCCUGCAUGUGUGGUUGACUUUCUCAUUACUGCACUCCUGCCAUCACCUAAACAGAGCUGAGUGGUGAAUUUUAUAUAGUGCUGUGAAAAAGUAUUUUCCCCUCAACCGACGUCUUCUAUUUUACUAAUUUGUCACAUUUAAAUGUUUCAGAUCAUUUGACUGAAUGUAAUGUAAGAUAAAGACAACACAAGUAAACACAAAAUGCAGUUUUUAAAUUAUCAUUUCAUUUAUCAAAGAUAAAGAUUUAUUCUAAACCUAUAACUCAUAACGCCAAGAUAGACUCCAGCACCCCCUGCGAGGAGGAUAAAUGGCUUGGAUUGUGUGUGUGUAUGUGUUUGUGUGUAUGUGUGUGCGCGCAUGCAUGCAUCACCUCAUAUGUGACCUCCUGGAUGAGUCAUCAAUGCGCUGUUAGUAAAGGUUUGGUCAGCCGGCCAAUCCUAGGGUCACCACUGGUUCACUGGAGUCCCAGAGUCUUAGCAAUGGCUUUGUAACCCUUUCCAGACUGAUAAAUGAUUUUCCUCAGUGAUCCAACCUUGUGGCAGAUUCAUCCAUCCCAUCCAUCCAUUUUCUAAGCCGCUUCUCCGUCAGGGGGAUGCUGGAGCCUAUCCCAGCAGUCUUCGGGCGGAAGGCAGGAUACACCCUGGACAGGUCGCCAGUCCAUC